AUGGCUGUCAUGAUGGGGGAAAAGAGGAUGAAGCUCAACAUUAAUGCGAGAAUGAACACGCUUCUCAUCGUAUGCAGCAGCCUUUGUCUCGCUUUCGCUGGGGCCUCAGAAACAGAGCGGAGACUCCAUAAGAAGCUGUUUGAGAACUACAACAUGAAAGUCAGACCAGCUCGUUACUGGGAGGAGAGGGUGAUGGUGCGAGUUGGGAUGACCCUCUCUCAGCUUGUCAGCUUGAACGAGAAGAACGGCGAGAUGACAACCAACGUGUUCAUGAAUCUGGCAUGGACAGACUACAGGUUGUCAUGGAACCCGGAGGACUAUGACAACAUUAAUGUUUUGAGGAUUCCUCCUAACAAGGUGUGGCGUCCUGACAUCUACCUCAUAAACAAUAACGAUGGUCAGUUUGACGUGGCCUUGUAUGUCAACGUCUUGGUUUACAGUGAUGGGACCGUCAACUGGCUUCCCCCAGCCAUCUACCGCAGCUCCUGCUCUAUAGAGGUGGCGUACUUCCCGUUUGACUGGCAGAACUGCAGCAUGGUUUUCCGCUCGUACACCUAUGAUGCCUCUGAGGUGGACCUGCAGUACUUUCUGGAUGAUGAUGGCAAAGAGAUCCAUGAGAUUGUUAUAGAUGAGAAUGCUUUCACUGAGAAUGGAGAAUGGGCCAUCUGUCACAAACCCUCAAGGAAGAAUGUUAAAGAGGACCUGUAUGAGGACAUCACCUUCUAUCUCAUCAUACAGAGGAAGCCUCUUUUCUACAUCAUCAACAUCAUCAUGCCCUGCAUCCUCACCAGCGUGCUGGCCAUAUUCGUCUUCUACCUGCCUCCUGGAGCAGGAGAGAAGAUGACUCUCUCCAUUUCUGUCCUCAUCGCCCUGACUGUCUUCAUGCUGCUGCUGGCUGACAAGGUCCCUGAGACUUCCCUCGGCAUCCCAAUGAUUGUCAACUACGUCAUGUUUACCAUGAUCCUGGUCACCUUCUCUGUCAUCCUGAGCGUGGUCGUCCUCAAUCUGCACCACAGGACACCCAGCACACACAUCAUGCCAAACUGGGUUCGAAAGGUGUUCAUUCACUUCCUGCCCAAGUACAUCGGCAUGACGAGGCCAAACCCAGAGGAGCCUCUGUUGGAGGAGGAGUCUGGUGACGACACACCUAUCCGAAGCUUCAAUGGACGGCAGCCUGGAGGAGAGUACUUCUUUCGCAAGAUCAACCCUGAUCUUGUCAUACCCUGGAGAGGCAGGUGUGAGAGCACAGUGCAGCUCCAGCGGCUCCCGAACACUGACAGCUACUGUCUGAUCCUCCCUCCCAACCUGAAGUCAGCCAUCGCCGCUGUGACAUACAUGGCCGAGCAGCUGAAGAAGCAGGACACGGACGACACGAUGACAGGAGAUUGGCAGUUCAUUGCUCUGGUGGUGGACCGACUCUUCCUCUGGUUGUUCGUCAUCAUCACCACCCUGGGAACCCUGGCCAUGUUCCUGGAUGCCAGUUUCAACUACACCCCUGAUAACCCCUUCCCAUAGAAGGCAACACAC